AUGACUGCUCUUCCAUUACCAAACAGUGACAAGAUCAACAACUUGGAAGAACUCUAUCCUCAUUUACCAUUAUCAUUUGAUAAAAUUGAUACUUCAUUCCCAAUCCCAAAUUCAGAAACAGAUGGUUAUUCUCCAAUCUUCAGAAAUUCAUAUUUACAAAACCAUGAUGAAUUAGUUGGUUAUUUACAUCCAAAAUAUAAAACUUUUUAUCAUUUAUUUCAAGAAAAUUUAAAAAUUCAUGGUGAUAAUAAUGCAUUAGGUAUUAGACAAAAAAAUUCAAAUGGUGACCUAGAUAAUUUCUUUACUUUUGAAACUUAUAAAGAAUUAGGUAUUAAACGUGAUUAUGCAGGGUCUGCUUUCUUACAUUUAGUGGAAAAAUAUGCACCUGAAGCUGAUUUAAAUAAUUUUAUCUUAACUUUAUUCUCUUCAAAUAAACCAGAAUGGAUUGUUAGUGAUUUAGGUUCACAUGCUUAUUCUAUCCCAAAUACUCCAUUAUAUGAUACUUUAGGUUCUUCAGCUAUAAAAUAUAUCUUGAAUUUAACUGAAAGUCCAAUUAUUGUAUUAUCUAAGAAUAAAGUAUCAAAAAUUUUAGAAGUUAAUGAAUCAAAAUUAUUGAAAAUUUUAAUAACAAUUGAAGAUUUAUCCCCAGAUGAUCAAGAAUUAAUAUCAAAAGCUGAAUCUCAAGGUUAUAAAAUCUUUGAUUUCCAAACAAUUUUAAAAAUUGGUCAAGAAAAUUUAAAACCUCAUAGAAUUCCAACUCCUGAUACUUUAUAUACAAUUUCAUUUACAUCAGGUACAACAGGUAUUCCAAAAGGUGUUGAAUUAAAACAUUCUCAUGUUAUCGCCUCAGGUUCAUUUUUAUUCAUUCAUGUUACAUUCCCUCGUAAUCCAGUUUCAUUAGUUAUAUUACCAUUGGCUCAUGUUUAUGAACGUUCCAAGAUAAUUUAUGAAUUAGGUAAAGGUGCUGCAAUUGCCUUCCCAUCAAAUCCGGAAAAUCCAAAAACCUUUUUGGAUGAUAUUAAAGUUUUAAAACCUACUCAUAUUAGUGCAGUUCCAAGAUUAUAUAAUAGAAUUGAAAGUGGUGUUAAGGAUAAAAUUCAAAAUACUCCAGGUUUAAAAGGUUGGAUAUUAAGAUUUGCAGUUAAUUAUAAAUUAAAUCAUCAGGAUGAUGAAUUUUUGGUUAAAUUGUUAAAUAGUUUAAUCAUUAAUAAGAUCAAACAACAAAUUGGGUUUGAAAAUUUAGAUUUUUUAAUUAGUGGUGGUUCUCCAUUAUCAGGUGAAUCAAUUUUUUAUUUAAGAAAAAUUUUAAAUUCAGGUUUUUAUCAAGGUUAUGGUAGUUCAGAAACUUUAGGUGGAUUAGCAAUCACAACAAAAUUUAACAAGGAUACUUCAAGAUGUGGUUCAAUUGGUGUUACAUCAGAAUUUAAAUUAAGAGAUUUACCAGAAAUGAAUUAUACAUUUAAUGAAAAUAGAUCUGGUGAAUUAAUUGUUCGUGGUACCCAAGUUUUCAAUACUUAUUUCAAGAAUGAAGAAGCAACAAAAUCAAGUGUUGAUCCUGAUGGUUGGUUUAGUACAGGUGAUAUUGCACAAGUUGAUGAAUUUGGUUCUUUAGCAAUUAUUGAUCGUGUUAAAAAUUUCUUUAAAUUAUCUCAAGGUGAAUAUAUUGCAAGUGAAAAAAUUGAAAAUUUUUAUUCUGGUAAUAAUUCAUUUAUAAAUCAAAUUUUUGUUUAUGGUGAUAGUUAUCAAAAUUAUUUAGUUGGUAUUAUUGGUAUUGAUGAAAACAUAUUAUUAAAAAUUUUAAGAAGUUCUUCAUUAAAAACUAAAUAUGGAACAUUAGAACAAAUCUUAACAAAUUUAAAUGAUUUAGAAUUAAGAAAAUUCAUCUUGUUGGAAUUAAAUAAAAAUAUUAAACAUACUGGACUUUAUUCAUUUGAACAAUUGAAAAAUAUUCAUUUAGCUAUUGAACCUUUUACAACUGAAGAUGAUACUAUAACUCCAACAUUAAAAUUAAAAAGACCAAAUUGUAAGAAAAAAUUCUUGAAUGAAAUUAAUCAAUUAUAUAAUGAAGGUAUGAUUUAA